AUGUUUUCUCCCUUCUCCCCCUACCUCGCCCUCUCCCUCUCUCUUUUUCCCAUCCAAACGCCUCGACCCGCGACACCCGCCCACCAUGGCGUGGCAUGGCGCGUCGCCUCCACUGGCAUUCUCUGUCUCGUUUCUCGUGUAACAACCGAAACCCCCGCGAGACAUACCAAGCAGCAUUGUCUCUGGCGCAGACUCGUCCCGGAAUCACUUCAUCAUUCACAAUGGUUGGAUCGCAGCCAGCUCCGAGCCAUUCCGCUCAUUCACCAAGAGACUCUUCUAUGUAGACUCUUCUGCUUGCCUCCACUUACGCCUAACCGGGAAGAAGCACCGCAUCUUGGGCGAGCAGAGGCAUUCAGACGCAGACGCUGCUUGGCCCUUCCAUCACCUGCCCUGCAAGUUGGGCCGAGUUGGGCCAAGCAAAUGGAGAACCUUCAAACGACCGGGGGAUGUCUCUGCGGGCUUAUCCGCAUCCCAAGGUGCCAUCCCACGAACCUCGAUAUUUCGGACAUGGCAGCUGGGCAAACCUUGACUGGUUCCAUCCAUACAUGCUUCGCACCUACAGAGUGCUGUUGCGUCGCUCCCGAUGUUCCCACACUCUUGACGGAAAUAGCGUAUGCAAACUUUGCGAGUCUGGACGAGACACUAGAAUCCAUGCAACAUUCAUUGCCUGCGUCUUCAGUAAAACGUCUAGAUGUCAGUGUCAACGAUCGGAGCCUCGGGAAAGGAGUCUUAAUGGACUUUAGGUCUGGCUGGUAUACGGAGUACGCACGGCGGAGCGACAGCCAGCCUGUUGCCGACGCUACCUCUCGCCUUCGUAUCGAUCAAUCACUAAUCGACCUGAGAUCGGUCGAUGUGCAGCCCGGGACCAGGCAUUCUGGGACGCGGACCGAAAUGCAAAAGCAUAGCCAAGGCAGACGCCGCCAUCCACCCCUGGACAUAGAGACUUCUUCGGUCCCUUACUACGUAUGCCUGGAACCCUGGGUCGUUCGGCUACGUUGCUCGCGGCGCGGGCCAUAUUGCGGCGCACGCUAUGAAUUCAGCAAACCAUGCUCCAUCUUAUCUCAUCCCCCCCGGUCUGCCACCUUGAAGUUAUACGUCUUUUUUGCGGUCAACACGGGCCACUCCCGCGCCUCCUUCGGAGCAAAGAGUCAAUGCGCCAGAUGCCCGCUGACCGAUCCGCGGCCGUCUGCGUCCCCAGACGAAGAGAACCUACGUCGGGCGGGAUAA